AUGGCCUCUAAAAAGCAGCAGCAGCAGGAAAUGGUCCAGGUUGACCGCUCUUCUUCUGCAUCACCAUUUUGGCGGGCUGCCUCGAACACCACGCAACCAUACGAGAGCAAGAAGAUCAUAGGCGCAUCCUACUCGCAUGCAGAUAUAUUGAAAUUCGAUUCGCUUUCUGCGUCUGGCUCAUCGCAGCGCCCUCGCACUCCACCCGUGUCAGGCCAGGCUCGUGAUCCAAGCACCGCACCGCAUGGAACAAGCAGUAUUACUUCUUCCCCACCGCCCACGCGUAAUCGCUACAGUUCAUUUCUACGUGACACGAACCAGGAUUGGGAUGAUGACGACGAUGACGACGCGGAUGCCUUGUUCGAGGACGAUGAGGACGAGUUCGGACUACCCAGUAUAGCAACUAUGCGCCGAAAGGGUAGACGGAAAGCUUCACAACGGGAAAAGGACCAAUCUGGUACAGGCAGUAUUGGAAGCAGGAAUGGCACCGCAACAGCACCGUGGCGAACGGUUGAUAGCGGCGACAUCGCCGAGGAACGAGGUGUACCCAAUUAUCCCACGGCAAAGAAGUCAGAAGGGAAGAUACUGCGACCGCAAUAUCAGGAGAUACUACGAGACCCCGCAAACUCUUUGCAUCUGAUAUCACACCCAACUCUGCCUCCGACAGCGACCGACAAGGAGAGAGAAGAGCACUCAGCACGAAUAUCGCGAAUCAACAAGUUCAAGCGCAUACUACAGACGAGCACGAUAUCUCUCCCCGAGCUGAGAGACUCUGCCUGGUCGGGAAUUCCAUCCGAAGUACGGGCCAUGGCAUGGCAGGUCCUGUUAGGCUAUCUGCCAACUAGCAGCGAACGAAGGGUGGCUGCCUUGGAUAGGAAGCGAAAGGAGUAUCUGGAAGGGGUUCGGCAAGCUUUCGAGCGUGGGAACGUUGGAAGCUCUGCGGUAGGCGUGGCCGGCGCAUCAUCCGCAAACCGGGGACGUGGUCGUGGCUUGGACGAGGCUAUCUGGCAUCAGAUCAGUAUCGAUGUACCACGGACCAAUCCGCACUUGGAACUGUACAGCUAUGAGGCUACCCAAAGGUCACUGGAGCGUAUACUGUAUGUUUGGGCCAUACGGCAUCCAGCAUCCGGUUACGUGCAAGGCAUCAACGACCUUGUCACGCCGUUCUGGCAGGUGUUCUUGGGCGCCUAUAUAUCGGACCCAGAUAUUGAAUCCGGAAUGGACCCCGGACAAUUGCCGAAACAAGUGCUUGAUGCUGUGGAAGCCGAUUCGUUUUGGUGUCUGACGAAGCUACUGGAUGGAAUCCAGGAUAACUACAUCUCUCACCAACCUGGCAUACAGCGGCAAGUAGCGAGCCUUCGGGAUCUCACUACGCGGAUAGACGACGCCCUUGCGAAACACCUGCAGAACGAAGGAGUAGAGUUUAUCCAGUUCAGUUUCCGAUGGAUGAACUGCCUCCUGAUGCGCGAGAUAUCAGUCAAAAACACCAUAAGGAUGUGGGAUACGUAUCUUGCCGAAGAGGAUGGCUUCUCCUCAUUCCAUCUCUAUGUUUGUGCCGCGUUUCUUGUGAAAUGGUCGGACCAGUUGCGCAAGAUGGACUUCCAAGAGAUCAUGAUGUUUUUGCAAGCGUUGCCAACGCGGGACUGGACGGAGAAAGACAUUGAGUUGUUGCUUAGCGAGGCGUUCAUCUGGCAGAGCCUCUUCAGGGGUAGCAGCGCGCAUUUGAAGAAUACUGGCUCAAGAGCCGGUACGGGCGUGGGCAUGGGCCCGAAUUCAUAG